AUGAUCAAUGUGAGUCUCGUGCCCACCGUGAACGCCGCUGCCGCCGCAAAGAAUACGACGGAGAAGCAGCAGCAGCAGCUAAAGACGGAGGAGGUCCAAAGCAACAAGUCCCCUGAGAACAACGUCGAGCCCAAGCUCACGCCCGCGCAGACGGACUUGUUGACGCCCACCAAACGGCACCCCAUUGACCUCGAAUCGGUGGACGUGGAGGUUACUGGGAUGACGAAGGUGUUCGAGGAGGACAGCCAGAAGGAGAAGCAGGAGCAGUUGCAGAAGCUGCCGCUGGACGAAGACUUGGCAGCAGCGACGACGAGAGGAAGCCAGCUCUCGGCUUCCCCAUCAUUCGAGUCGUUGUGGCACCCCACGGUGCAGUUCGGCAUCAUUGUGGCGGUGGUGCUGGACUUCGCAAACUGCAGCUUCUCCAACAUCGGGAGUCCUAGAGCGUCGGGCGGCGGACGUGACAACACGUAA